CCCUCUGGGGCACCUGGCACUGGCCACUAUCGGAAGACAGGAUACUGGGCUAGAUGGACCUUUGGUCUGACCCAGUAUGGCUGCUCUUAUGUUCUAGAUGAAGUAGCUGAUCUGUGUACUGGAGAGCAAAUGUCCAGGGGAACAGGACAGUCACCAGUUGUCCCAGGCAGAGGGGAGGAGAGAAAAGGAAGGGGACAGGAAGGAAAAGAGAAGAACCUGAAAGGGGCAGCAGGAGCAGUAAGUGAGGAGGGAGGUUCCCAGCUCCCAGCCCUGCCCGGAUCCAUUCCCUGCAUCACCCUUGGGCCGACUGACUCUCCUGGGAACAAGCUCUUCUCUGAACCCUCUGCAAUUUGUCAACAUCCUUUUUGAACUGUCAGUACCAGAACUGGACACAGGAGUCCAUCAGUGCCUGCACCAGUGACAAACACAGAGAUGCCGGUGACCUUCGAGGAUGUGGCUGUGUAUUUCACCCAGGCGCAGGGGGCUCUGUUGGACCCCACUCAGAAAGCCCUCUACAGGGACGUCAUGCAGGAGAACUAUGAGACAGUGACCUCGCUGGGAUUUCCCAUUCCUAAACCUGAGCUGAUCGCCUGGCUGGAACGAGGGGAAGAGCCGUGGGUCCCAGAUCUCCAGGCCUCUGAGAAAAAGGAGGUCAUGCGAGUCAUCCACACAGGUGAUGAGACCGUGAGUGAGAACAAGAAGGUGAAUUGGCAGGUGGAACCAGAGACGGCCUUUUUGAGAGGAGCUGAAGGGAAUUUUUCCCAAUGCUUGGAACAGGGAGAAGCCUGGGGAAAUCGGGGUGGGUCAGAGAGGCAGCUGGGAAACCAGCCAAGGAAGAAAGUGGAUGAAUCAAUUCAAGGUGGGGGAGGAUGCACAGAUCCCAAGGAAACCACCGCCCAGCAGACAAAUCCCAAGGACGAGAAACCCUACAAAUGCCUCGACUGUGGGAAAAGCUUCAGUAUAAGAACGAACCUUAUUACGCAUUGGAAAAACCACACUGGAGAGAAGCCCUAUAAAUGCUUGGACUGCGGGAAAAGUUUCCGUCAGAGCUCACACCUUAUUACCCAUCAGAGACUGCACACAGGAGAAAGACCCUAUAAAUGCCUAGAGUGUGGGAAAAGUUUCAAUGUGAGAUCGGCUCUUAUUGCACAUCAGAGAACGCACACGGGAGAGAAACCCUAUAAGUGCCUGGACUGUGGGAAAAGCUUCAAUGUGAGAUCAGCCGUUAUUAGACAUCAGAGAAUCCACACGGGAGAGAAACCUUAUAAAUGCUUGGACUGUGGGAAAAGUUUUAGUCAGAGCUCCAGCCUCACUAAACAUCGGAGAACCCACACGGGUGAGCGACCCUAUAACUGCCUUGUGUGUGGGAAAAGUUUUAGCGACAGCUCGUCCCUUAUUAAACAUGGGAGAACCCACACGGGAGAGAGACCCUAUAAAUGCCUGGACUGUGAGAAAUGUUUCAAUCUGCGAUCAGCUCUUCUUGCACAUCAACGAACCCACACGGGAGAGAAACCCCAUAAAUGCCUGGACUGUGGGAAAAGCUUCAGUCAGAGCUCAAACCUUGUUACGCAUCAGAGAACCCACACGGGGGAUAAACCCUAUAAAUGCCUCCACUGUGGGAAACGGUUUAACGUCAGUUCAGCCGUUAUUACACAUCAGAGAAUCCACACGGGAGAGAAACCCUAUAAAUGCCUGGACUGUGGGAAAAGCUUCAGUCACAGCUCAAACCUCACUAAACAUCAGGGAAUUCAUGAGGGAGAGAGAACCUGUAAGUGGGACAUGUUUCAAUAGGAAGUCAACCCUUAAUACUCAUCAGGAGACCCCAGCAUGGGAGAGAGACCCCAGAAGUGUCUGUUGAGGGAAAAGUUCCAUUCAGAGAUCAGCCCUUGUUACGCAUCAGCCAAUCCACAAAAUAGAGAAACCCCAUAAAUGCUUGGACUGUGGGAAAAGCUUCAAUAACAGCUCAGGCCUUACUUAAUACUGGAGAACCCACAUGAGAGAGAAAAACCUUGAAUGUGGGGCAAGCUUCCCUUAGUAUCUGGCAACAGCAAAUCCGCGCAGGGAAGAAACUGCUGAGAUGUCGUUAGCAAGGAAAAUGCUCCAAGUGGAGCCAACACCAUGUCAGACAUCAGAGACUCCUCCGCACAUGGGAGAAAUUCUCUCAGUGCCCUGACUAGGGCUGGCCAUGGUGACAAACCCAUUUCCUCGUUCCCACACACAUCAGGGGCAUUUGGCUCCCAAGGAUCCAGCAGCCGCUGAGCAUCAGCUGGUCAGUGACCCUCUGGCUCUGCUGGGUCUAAGCAAACCCCAGGCAGAGGAGGAGAAGCCCCCAUCAGCCCCUCCUCCCGGCUGCAGCCCUGGCUGCUGAGCUGAUGGGCCACAGGUGGGGGAAGGGAGAGAGAGAAACUCCUCCAGCUGCUCCCUCUGCCUGGCUGAACAUCCCCCCUCUCCCUUCCCCUCCCAGCCGGGAUCCCCCUGCCAUGGAGAUGAGGAGAAGGACACUUGGGCCAGGCCCCACCUUCACUCUAGACACCUGUCCCCACCCCUGAACUUCCCCAGCCCCUAGGCUGAGCUCCCCCACUUACCUGGGGCUGUUCCCUGCAGGGGGAGUGUCCUGGGGGCUAGUAACUCCUCCCCUCCCCAAAUUACCCGGGGCACUGGGCUCUGGGGGAUCAAACGUUAAGGGACCAGGGCAAUGGGUUGUGGGGAGGAAACUGGGGAUUGAAUGGCUGGGGCUGAGGGAGCUCGGAAGCAGGGGGAGCUGGGUGCUGGGGCUAUCGAGUGUUUGGGGCUCAUGGGAUAAGAGGUGAGCGAGAUCACAGGGGCAGAGAGGUGCUGCCUCAUCAUUCACCCCCUCUGCCCCUUCUUCCUGCCCCCUCUGCAUUCAGACAGCGCCACUGAGUGGGACUGAUUCCCACAGGGCCUUUUGUGGGAGGCCUGGUGAUCCGCAGCAUCAGCCUCUGAGCGUCCGUCUGUGGUCGGGAUCAGCCAGCUCAUCUCCUCUGACCCUCCCCCACUCAUCCUACCCUAGACUGAGCCUGAGCAUCUAAUUCAUUCUGAUCCUCACCAUUAGCAGAGUGACAGUCACUGAGUUCCCCCUUUGGGUGUAGAUUCUCUCACUCCCAGCUAUUCUCACCUCGAUCCAGGCCGUGCCGGCAAGCAUUUCUUUUUGUACAUUUUCUCUCUUACAGAUGAGAAUUAAAUGGAUUCUAGAAGAGUUGGAGCAAGGGUAGUAAAAGGCAGUGUUUUAGGUUCUGUGCUGUUUGAGAGCGAUGGCGUGAGUCUGAGCGAUUCCCUCCUUCCCCAGUCACUGUCACGCUCCAUCCUUGAUGCAGCAGCCUCUGUCCAAGCCUUGGAGAAUUUUAUCCUGUCCCCAUUCUACUCCUCCACCUCCCAGAGUGUCGCUUACCACAGUGUCCCUGGCUCUCCAUGCAUAGGAAUCACACUUUGAUCCUAAAUUAGACUCCUGGAGGUGAAAGUGUCACCGACCUGAGCUGGGGUUGGGGGGGGGGUUCAGAUCUGAGGCUUCUGAGCUUAAAUCCCUGUUUCCAUCUAUCGGUAAAGUGGCUUCUGGGCUUUUCACAGCCAAGUACAGAUCAUUUGUCGAGGGGAAGGUUUUGAUUUUAUUUAUUUUUUUCUGUUUCGUUGUGAGGAGGCUAACAUUUUGUAACUAACACAACCGAAUAGCGAGGAGGCGCUGAGGGAAGCAGGGUUAGCCAGCUCAGAAGAAAAUGAGUCAAUUUGUUCUCCUGAUUGUGAAUCUGAAGAUUCUCUGGGAUUUCACUUUCUGAAUGUAAAAGUGUUUCGUAGCCCAUCCUGUAUCAUGGGGUUUCCUUUCCUGAAGGUGUUGGGUCACAUACUUUGAUAUUAGUUUGGUUUGAUGGGAUGUAGCUCAGGUGUAUUGGAGACGUGAUGAGGCAAAUGAAUAUUUGCCAGAAUAGUCCUUUCCUAUUUUAGUUUCACCUCUACCCCAUCGUGAGAUUUUCAUGUGGUUUGAACAAUGCCAAUUGUCAAUAUGUAUCAGCACAAACAGGGUGAGUGCCUCUGAGAGGGUAAAUCUAGCAGAGACUGAAAUGGAGAAGGAAAGUACUGCCUGAUCCCUGCAACAAUGCGAGAUACAGUUGGGAGGGGGAUGGAGUGGGAGGUGAGGGGUACAGAGCUGGAAAACUGCACAUUUCGCUGUUGACAGCCAGAUAGCCAAUGCUGAGAACUGUGAGCUUGCUGCAGCGGGGCUAGAGAGAGACAGGAAAUGUCCUAUCAUUGCCAUGGGAAGACACCCCUGAAAUCUAAAGGGCUAUGAAUGACGCCCCAAGAGGAGAGGCGGGGAGAGGGCAGCGUCUCCUCGUUGCUGAGAGGAUGAGGCUGGGCAGAUGCAAGAAGGAAUCUGGGGAAGUCACGAGGCCUGAGCUCCCCGGAAGCCAGCUCACCCUCAUCAAUGAGGCCAGAGGGAGAGGAGGACCCUGACAUUUUAAUUCCCCCCCCCAUCCACUGCAGAGUCCUGGGUGCAAAUGAGAGAACCCCACGCGCCCCACACUGCAUCCUUCGAACCUGAGCUCGUGGGGUUUCCUGCUCUCCGAGCAUUUGCUCUUGUAACUGGAUCCCGGCGUCUCUCGCGGACUGUCUGUGCUUUUCUACCAGCUUUAACUUGUUUCUCUUUCCCUGGUGCCCGCGGGAGCUGGGAGCAGCACAGUGCUGGCCUGGGACAGAAAUGCACUGCGCUGGGCUGGGCUCCAGGCCCUGGCUGGGGAGGUGGGUUUAGCUUGUAUUUCUCAUUUGGAAAUAAUAAAGCAGAACAUAGUUUCUCAACCUC